AAUCAGAACCCAUCACAAACUAAAAAAAAAGUAAUAAUGAUUCCAUGCCAAUUUUAUUGCUUUUCUGGUAUUGUUAUUACCUUGUAUAUCCUCGUUCUACACACUUUUGCUUCUCCUACCGUCCAUCUUUGCCGCCAUGACCAACGAGAUGCUCUUCUCGAGUUCAUACACGAGUUUCCUAAAGCAGAUAUGAAGUCUUCCUCGAAUGAUGAUUACGAUAUGAGUUCAUGGAACAAGAGUAGUGAUUGCUGUUCUUGGUGGGGUAUCACGUGCGAUGCUGAAUCUGGCCAGGUGAUUUCACUUGAACUUAUAAACGUCGCUCUCAACAACUCUUUGAAAUCAAAUAGUGGUCUUUUCAAACUCCCGUAUCUUCAAACGCUAAUCCUUUCUAAUUGCAAUCUCUACGGAGAGAUUCCUUCUUCAUUUGGGAACCUUUCUCAUCUCAUCCAACUUCACAUUUCGGUUAAUAAAUUAGUUGGUCAAGUUCCAGUUUCAAUUGGAAUUUUAACCCAACUAAGAGACCUCACACUUUACGGAAACAAGUUAAGUGGCAAAUUUUCUGUCUUAUUUGCCAAUUCUACACAAUUGUUCACACUCGAUCUCAGUUAUAACUACUUUGAACCCGAGCCUCUUCCCGACAUGAGUCGAUUCCACAGCUUGAAGAUUUUUGAAGUGAGCGGAAACUCAUUUUUCGGGUCUUUUCCUACAUACUUGUUCACCAUUCCUUCGUUAGAGUGGGUUAAUCUGGGAGAAAAUAACUUCACGGGACCCAUAGAUUUUGGGAACGUAUCUUUAUUUUCUAGGCUUCAAUUUCUAUACCUUGCUGAUAACAAAUUCGAUGGCCGAAUCCCUGAAUCCAUAUCUAAAUUUCUCACACUCAAAGAAUUAGAUCUCCAUAACAACUCAUUUUCUGGGCCUUUCCCUACGACCUUGUUUACGAUGCCUUCGUUACAAUGGGCUGAUUUGGCGAGAAACCAGUUCGAGGGAACUAUUGAUUUUGGGAAUAUACUGUCAUCGUCCAACCUUGGUGUUCUAGACCUUUCUGAUAACAAAUUCGAUGGCCAAAUCCCUGAAUCGAUAUCCAAAUUUCUCAAACUCGCAGAGUUAGAUCUUUCCAACAAUAAGUUAGAAGGCAAAGUUCCAGGUUGCUUACUGAGACUAGAAUCGCUGAAGCUUUCUCACAACUCGUUUAGUAGUUUCGGAAAAUCAUCUCAAGUUAUGAUGGAUCAAGCACAAAUGCGUGAGUUGCGUCUUGAUUCGAAUUCAUUCCAUGGACCAUUUCCCCACUGGAUUUGCAAGCUUGGAUUAUUGGAUUUCUUAGAUUUGUCCAACAAUAGCUUCAACGGCUCAGUUCCUCCAUGUGUAAGGAGUCUCGCUGUAUCACUUAGAGUGCUUAAUCUACGAAACAACAAUUUCAGUGGGAUUUUUCCAGAUGUAUUUGUUAAUGCUUCUAGAUUAAUGGAACUUGAUGUUAGCCGCAACCGGUUGGAAGGAAAACUCCCUAAAUCCCUAAUCAAUUGCACAAACAUGGAAUUGUUGAAUGUGGAAGGAAACAAAUUCAAGGACACGUUUCCAUCUUGGUUGGGUUCUCUACAGUUACAGAUUCUCAUCCUCAGAUCAAACCAAUUCUAUGGGCCAUUAAUAUUCACUGAGUUUCAAACGUUAAAAGUCAUUGAUGUCUCACAUAAUGACUUCAGUGGAACCUUGCCUACUUUCUAUUUUUCCAAUUGGCUUGAAAUGAUUCAAAGGAAUACAUUAAGCCCAGAUGAUGACCCGUACAUGGGAUCUAACUUAGUGUAUUUCCCCAGGGGUUUUGGUUCUUACACUAGUUCAAUGGAAAUAGUGCACAAAGGUGUAGAGACAGAGUUUGAGAAGAUCCGUGAAGAUUAUACAUCCAUUGAUUUUUCAAGCAACAUGUUUGAAGGAAAGAUCCCUGAAUCCACUGGCUUGCUGAAAGGAUUACGUUAUCUCAACUUGUCAAAUAAUGCUUUCACAAGCAAUAUACCUCAAUCAUUGGCAUAUUUGACGAAUCUCGAGUCAUUAGAUGUAUCCAAGAAUCAUCUGUCAGGUCAGAUCCCCCCAGAUCUUGGUGAGCUCUUCUCUUUGUCAACUAUGAACUUCGCCCACAACAAUCUCCAAGGUCCAAUACCACAAGGCACACAGUUUCACCGCCAAAAUUGUUCUUCAUUCAUGGACAAUCCCAAACUCUCCAAUCUUGAGGACCUCUGCGGAAAACCUCAUGACUCAGAUGAUACACCACAAGAACCAGAGGAAGUAUUAGAACCUGAGGAACCAGUAAUUAAUUGGAUAGCAGCGGCAAUAGCGUAUGGACCUGGUGUAUUUUGCGGAUUGGUGAUCGGACAUAUCUUCGUUUCACACAAGCACGAGUGGUUCAUGGAAAAGUUUGGUAGAAAAAAGUCCAGAGCAGUCAUUAUAAGUGUUCGUUGAACACUUUCUCUUGUCAUCUCUCUAAUCAUUUGUCAAGCUUAUGCAUGUGUUCUUCGAAAACUCCUUUUUCUGUUGUAAUGUCCUUAUUUAUGGUAUUGUAAUAAACUACUCUGGUGGCAGUACGUAUCUAAUUAUAUAUAUUGGCUUGAA